AACCAUUGGACACACUCCAUAGCUCCAGUUCUUCGAGUGGGAUGCUAUGGGCACAGCACAGGAGAGCUGGUGGCAGCGAUUUGCCCGCCUAGUUCCUGAUCUGGCUAAACUGGGAGUUACUCAAGUUUGGUUGCCACCUCCCAACAAAGCAUCGGAAAAGCUUGGUCGUGGUUAUGACGCCUAUGACUUGUGGGACCUUGGUGAAUUCAGUCAGAAGGGAACUAUCGCCACCCGGUGGGGAACUAAAGCCCAGCUCCUUAAUGCCAUUCACAUCGCCAAAGGCCAUGGCGUCCAGGUGCUGGUUGACGCCGUUCUCAAUCAUAAGGUGGGGGCGGAUGGUGCAGAACACGUGGAAGCCAUACCUGUGCAUCCGCUCAAUCGCACCAUAGAAGUAGCGCCAAAGAAGACCAUCAAGGCGUGGACUGUGUUUGACUUCCCUGGACGGAAUGGCAAAUAUAGCCCAUUCAGGUGGAAACAUGAGCAUUUCACAGGUGUCGACUGGGAUGGUAAGGCUCGGGAUAAGGGUGUCUUCAAGAUAACAUCAAAUCGUAAGAGGGGCUGGAGCCAGUUUGUAUCUAAAGAGCUGGGGAACUACGAUUACCUCCUUGGUGCUGAUGUGGAUCAUCUUCAUCCCGAAGUCCGUGCAGAUAUGCUGGCAUGGGCUUCUUGGGUUCUUGGGGAAACCGGGGCCCAGGGGUUCCGACUGGACGCGUGCAAGCACUUUGAUCACAGGUUCCUGUGCGAAUUCGUGAAAACCGCCCGUUCUGCCGGCAGGCCGCAAAUGUUUGCAGUUGCUGAGGUAUGGAAUUCUGAAGUGGGAAUUCUGCUUGAUUUCAUGAAUGCGCUCUCAGUUCCUAUGGCGCUUUUCGAUGCUCCAUUACACACCACGUUUCACAAGGCAUCUAUGCUCGGCCCGGAUUUUGACUUGAGGACGAUUUUCCACGAUUCUCUUGUUCAGAGUCGCCCAAGAGAUGCUGUCACAUUUGUAGAGAACCACGACACGGUCGAGGGCCAGUCCUUGGAAAGCCCUGUAUCGCGAGCGUUCGCUCCGAUUGCCUACUCGAUUAUUCUCUUGCGUCCAGAAGGCUACCCUUGUGUGUACCAUGCCGAUUUGAUGGGUCCUCGAGCAAUCCCUGAGCUUCCGAAGCUAAUGGAGGCCCGCAAAAGAUUCGCGUAUGGUCGCUGCAUAGAUCAUAUCGAAAAUAGCAGAGAUCCGAACUUCAUUGGAUUCCUCCGUACCGGAAAGUCAAAGGAUGGGCCGGGAUGCGCGGUUAUUCUCAGCAAUGACGUUGCAAUAACGGACUCGAGUAAGGUUUUGACUAUAAGCGUUGGUACACAGCAUACGGGAACAAGGUGGUGCGAUUAUCUGGGUCGGGAGGGCGAGACCUAUAUCGAUGCUGAUGGGAAAGGCCAUUUCCCAAUUCUCUACGGUACUUGUGUCUAUGUAAGAGAGGACACUAUGUAACUGGAUCCAGAUUAUGCUUUACAUGUCAGACUACAUUAUAAUGCUUGCGCUAAUCCCAUUCAUCGCCGU